CGGAGCGAGAGCCCGGGGUGCCGACCGGCGAGCGCGUCGACACCGGCCAUGAGGGGCGCGGGCGCCUGGGCCGCGCUCGGCCUGCUGCUGGCGGCCGCCGCGCAGCGCUCGCCGCAGCAGCCCCCCGAGAGACCUGUUUUCACAUGUGGCGGCAUUCUUACUGGAGAGUCUGGAUUUAUUGGCAGCGAAGGUUUUCCUGGAGUGUACCCUCCAAAUAGCAAAUGUACUUGGAAAAUCACAGUUCCCGAGGGGAAAGUAGUAGUUCUUAAUUUCCGAUUCAUAGAUCUUGAGAGUGACAACCUGUGCCGCUAUGACUUUGUGGAUGUGUACAAUGGUCACACCAAUGGCCAGCGUAUUGGGCGCUUUUGUGGCACGUUCCGGCCUGGAGCCCUUGUGUCCAGUGGUAACAAGAUGAUGGUCCAGAUGAUUUCCGAUGCCAACACAGCUGGGAAUGGCUUCAUGGCCAUGUUCUCUGCUGCUGAACCAAACGAAAGAGGGGAUCAGUAUUGUGGAGGACGCCUUGAAAGACCUUCCGGCUCUUUUAAAACCCCCAACUGGCCAGACCGUGAUUACCCUGCAGGAGUCACUUGUAUGUGGCACAUUGUAGCCCCCAAGAAUCAGCUUAUAGAAUUAAAAUUUGAGAAGUUUGAUGUUGAGCGUGAUAACUAUUGCCGAUAUGAUUUUGUGGCUGUGUUUAAUGGUGGAGAAGUCAAUGAUGCUAAAAGAAUUGGAAAGUAUUGUGGCGAUAGUCCACCUGCACCAAUUGUAUCUGAGAGAAAUGAACUUCUCAUUCAGUUUUUAUCAGACUUAAGUUUAACUGCAGAUGGAUUUAUUGGUCAUUACAAAUUCAGGCCAAAAAAAUUGCCUACAACUACAGUACCACCUGUUACCACCACGUUCCCUGUAACUACAGGUUUAAAACCCACCGUUUCCCUGUGUCAACAAAAGUGUAGACGGACGGGGACUCUGGAGAGCAAUUAUUGUUCAAGUAACUUUGUGUUGGCUGGCACUGUGAUCACAACUGUCACCCGAGGUGGGAGUUUGCAUGCCACAGUCUCUAUCAUCAACAUCUAUAAAGAGGGAAAUUUGGCAAUUCAGCAGGCUGGCAAGAACAUGAGUGCCAAGGUCAUCGUGGUCUGCAAGCAGUGCCCGCUCCUCAGAAGAGGUCUGAACUACAUUAUUAUGGGCCAAGUGGGUGAAGAUGGGCGAGGCAAAAUCAUGCCAAACAGCUUUAUCAUGAUGUUCAAGACCAAGAAUCAGAAGCUCCUGGAUGCCUUGAAAAACAAGCAAUGUUAACAGUGAACUGUGUCAAUAUAAGCUGCCUUCUGUCGUUGCCUUUGAAAGAUUUCUAUUUUUCUCAGUAGAAAAAAAAAAACAACAACAAAUCUUACAAUAUCAAAUCUUGAGCAUUCAGAAAGAUUUACUCUUCACACGAUGUAGGUACGAGAGCUCGGCUCUCGCUGAUGGAAGUUCCGGGGCUGCGCGGAGAGGAGCAGACAGGUGAUUGAGAGCCUGCAAGCUUGGUACGGCCACAGGAGACGGAAUGUAUCGAGUGUUGGCAGUUUGGAAGCAGUUUAUUCAUACAUCUCUGUGAAAGGGUAUUUACAGACAAGUUGUGUGAAGAUGUAAAAAAGAGAUUUUAUAAGUGCAAUAUUUAUAGUGAUAUUUGUUUUACCUUCCAGCGUUUGCUCUGGGGUAUUACAGUCUUCUCUUGCAUUUUUUUUUAAGUCCAUGCUUUAAUAAAAUAUUUUUAAACGAUUAGAUAACAGCCAGUUAACUUGCUUUUAUAGAAGAUGGGACACUGUAAAAGGAAUAUUCCCUGCUUUUUACGUAGUGGUUUGGUAUCAAUUUGCACUUUGCUGAGAGAGCAUUCCAAAGAACUUCAGGGACUAAGUGGAUCCCGUAAUGUAAGUAGACUAUAAUUCUCUGUAGAACCAGAGAAUGUCAGAGUUAGAAUGGCGUCCCUCGGAAUCUAGUUCGACUCCUUUAUUUUGUAACAGAAAUUGAAGCUCAGAUAUAUUCAGUGACUUGUCGAGAAAACACAUCUCCCAAGAGACAGAGCUGACAAUUAAGCUCCGAAGUCCUGACUGCCACCCAGUCCCUCACUGCCACUAGAAGAGGCCCUCUCUGCCCCAGAGGUAAACCUUCUUAUCUCGACUUGGCAGCGUUUGGUUUUUGUUUUCCUUUGCAGCCCAAAUCUUAAUUGGUCAUUUUACAGGACUUGAAAAAUUAGAAGUGAAUCUGGAUGCCUCUGUCCUGUUCAUCCCCAGUUACCUGGAUCAGGGUGCGUCAGGUAGGAUGCUUUCUGCAAUUGCCUUCGAAAAAUCUGUUUUCGCUCAGGAGGGGAAGAGCGGUGAAAGAACGCCCCUCCUUUGCACACUGCUGUUGAACAGGCAGCUGUACCCGACACAGGGGGGGCCAGCCUGUAGGAGGUUGCCGGCCAGGAGCUGUGCAAGACGGACCCACCGUCACCCUCUGAGAGUAGCAAGGGCAUCAGGGAUGAACAGAGGCUUGGAUCACAAGAUCUCUCAUGGUAGAACUGAAGUUUUAGAAAUAAGGAAAAUAAUCUUUUGGGUAAAAGCAGUACUCCCGGCCCUAGAAGUGACUGGACAUUCAAGAGGGAAAAAAAAUUUCAAGAGGAAGAAUGCCUCUGUUUUGGCAGCUGAGCGAGCCUAAGCAAACAAUGAGUGUGGGCCGGUGCUGGGGUCGGGAAUCCUUCCUAACCUCUCCCACUGGGCUGCCCAUCAGUCCCAGAUAAUUCACCGGCUGAGAAAGAGGAUCAACUACAGAAGUUGGUGGUUGGCUUCACUGGCCAGCGCCACCUUUUAGAAAGGCCCUCAGAACCAUCUGGACUUCACAGCUGUGCCCAGUCAGGAUAUAACUAUGGAAUCCAGAUUGAUUCUAACCUUCUCAAGGCAAGUGAGUCCCUUUCAAGAAUACAUGUUAUGAGACUUUGGAGUGAUUACCAAAGAUUUUAGUAUUUUGGGGCACCUGGCUGCUCAGUGACUCUUGAUCUUGGGGAAAUGAGUUUGAGCCCCUGUGUGGUGUGGAGAUUACUUAAAAAAAAUCAUUGUAUUCUCCUCCUCUAAUUGGUGCAUUAGAGGCGGCAUGCUUGCUGCCAUCAGCCUCCUGCAUUACCAGCAGAAAGACUUCCAUUGGUUUCUGGGUGGGUGCCAGAGUCACAAUGGAGGUUAAAAUUGGGAAAAGUAAUCCAAACUAUUUAUACCAUUGACAUCGCUGACACAAGACUUUGAACUGUUGAGGGAAUUAGUGGUUGAUAACAGAUGGCACCAGUUUGUCUUUUAAUUCAAUUAUUCAAAACAGAGGUAAGCUGAAUACCGAUACUACUCUUUUUUGUCCAAUAACCAUUUCUUAAUUUCUUUCUUGUUCAAUAAAUCAUUUUUAUUUUGACUGAA